AUGUCCUCAGGUAACGUUCCAAAAGAUGCGGUUACCCAGGAGGUCAUACCUCCAGGUCCUCAAGAACCUUUGAGAAUUGUCAUUGGCAGUGACAGUGCUGGCCACGAAUACAAAACUGCACUCAAAGCAGAGUUGGAGAAGAAUCCUGCCGUCUCCAAGGUUCUCGAUGUCGGUGUGGGGGAUGCUCAUGACAGCACAGCUUACCCUCAUGUUGCGGUAGACGCAUGCCAAAAGAUCACUGCGCGCGAUGUAGAUAGAGCCCUCCUUAUCUGCGGUACCGGCCUUGGUGUCGCCAUCUCAGCAAAUAAGGUCCCUGGUAUUCGAGCGGUGACAGCGCAUGAUCCAUACAGCGUUGAGCGCUCAGUCCUUAGUAACGAUGCUCAAGUCCUCUGCUUCGGGCAGCGAGUCGUGGGACUGGAGUUGGCUAAGAUACUGGUCAAAGAAUGGGUCAAGUUGAGGUUUGACCCAGGAAGCGCUAGCGCUGAGAAGGUAAAAGAAAUCAGUGAAUAUGAACAGACGCUCCAAGCGGGGAAUGGAGCCAAGGGACCUUGA